AAUUCUGCAGAGACGCUCAUUCGAAAAUCGGCCUGACAAUGUGUAGUCGGUGGUUGUUACCUUCAAAGUGUAAUGGUAUUUCCUUUCUAUAAAAUUCUUUGGUGUUUGUUGGUUUAUUUUCGUGCUAUGUAAGCUGUGUUAUUAAAAUAAUUAUUACAAAUCUACGCCAACAAAUUUUCCGUCAUUUUGAUAUAUUUUAUUAUAAAUUCGUACCCUAUAGAACGUAGUGUUGCAUAAUUAAAUUGUACAUACCCUUAGGAUUAAUUAAACUUACUGCAUCAAAAUGUGGAGAGUUCGUGAUAUAGCUGAUAAGAUCACCAAUGUGGUGAUGAACUAUACCGAAAUUGAAGCCAAAGUUCGAGCAGCAACAAAUGAUGAAGCUUGGGGGCCAACAGGAGCUCUAAUGCAAGAAAUAGCUCACGCAACGUUUACAUUCGAGCAUUUUCCCGAAGUUAUGACUAUGCUGUGGAAAAGAAUGUUACAGGAUAAUAAAAGUAAUUGGCGAAGAACUUACAAGUCGCUGUUGUUAUUAAAUUACCUUGUACGUAAUGGUUCCGAAAGAGUAGUCACUUCAUCUCGAGAGCACAUAUAUGACUUACGAGGAUUAGAGAAUUAUUCUUUUAUUGACGAGUUUGGUAAAGAUCAAGGCAUUAAUAUAAGGCACAAAGUAAAAGAAUUGAUCGAAUUUAUCCAAGACGAUGAAAAACUUCGCGAAGAACGUAAAAAAGCUAAGAAAAAUAAAGAUAAAUUCAUCGGUAUGUCUAACGAAGGUAUCAGUGGGUCACGCGGCUUUGGUAUCGAUGAUAAACGUUAUGCGACACCUAAAUGGAUUUCAGAUGAAAACCAAUGGGAUGGCGAUAAAAACAAAGGAACCACUUUGGGAUUCUACGAACCUUCGUACGACAGCGACGAAAACGAAAACAAAUACGAUUCAGAAGGAGAACCGGAUACCUCGAAAGUACCGCCGAUCGCUCCGUCAAACAACAACAUCGUCAUAAACACUUCCAGUCCUUUAUCAACUCCUGCUAACGUAACCCCAACUCGGACCAAAGCUCCGACUAAAAAAAUUGACCUAGGAGCGGCUGCUAAUUACGGCAAAGAUGCAUCGUCAACGGCUCAAAAUAUCGAAAAACCUACGCCCAAUCAACCUCCUAGUUCGGAUUUAUUAGGUGAUAUUUUAUUCGAUACGAAUUCCACCGUUAAUACAGCUUCUCCUGUUGUUGAAACGACUAGCAGCCCUAGCCAAGAGAAUAUCGCUGAUUUUGGAGAAUUCACGGCUGCAUUUUCAAAUGUUACUUUAGCCAAUAAAACUAACAAUAAUGAUAAGGUCGAAGACGAAUUCGCCGAUUUCAGUUCAGCAUUCUCUGGUCCAACAUCGAAUUCGUCUCUAGAUAAUAUCAGCAGUCCUGUCGCCCCUUCAAAUAAUUCGUCGUUUUCUAAUACUGAUUUAUUAUCGGGUUUCGCUACAAAUGACACGCCUUCUUUGUUAGAUACCAGUACCUCUCUUAAUUCUAGUGCAAAUUCAACUCGAAGAAUGCACCCAGUUCUCCGGCACGAAAGCGAAGAAGAAUUCAAACGAUUACUAAGCUCGUUGAACGUAUCGGAUGAAAGAAGUUACGAAAAAAAGCUGAAAACCAUAUCGACCUAUCGUCCGAGACCUUUGACACCGCAAAUGAUGGAAGGCAUCGACGACUACGACGACCAACAUAGCCUGGUAUUUGGGCGAAAUUACGCCCACUUGUUGGACUUGAUCGGCGCAAAGAUAAGUUCGAAUUUAUUAAUGCCUUUGAUUACGGACCUAUUUGCCUUGGAUGGUGCCGGAGAUGCUAAAAUGCUCCUCGAAUCGGUCACAAAGUUGACCAAUUUACUGAAAGAUUCGCCAGAAGGCCCGUCCACCAGGCUAGAUAACGUAGUGUCGAUUUGUCGUCGAGUAGUCUCCGGCGAUUUUCUCACGUCUGCUUUGACUCGUCGGUGUCUGCAAAUGCACGAUGUUGAAGGCUCACUGUGGUGGGACGAUCUAGUUCAAAUACUGGUCUCGUUACCAUCUCGAAUAGCCAAUAAAAUGCGAACCCAGAUGCCGGAGUUUUUCGCUACUAGGAAUUACGUUCGUCUACUGAACUCUCACGUGUUGAAAUGUACGCAAAUUUUAGCCGAAGCUCGAAGACAUGGAGUAGAACUGAGACUCGAACCGGUGGCCGGAUUCGUCAGUAAAAUAAUCUCGCACUUUGAAUGCUCCAGUCAAGAAUUACCCGAUGUGAUCCGCGUAUUGGAAGUGUGGUCAUCUAAAUACAAAUAUGAUCUUAUACCGGAGCUGUUCGCAUCGUUAGAAGGCUCUUGCGUGAAUAAAGUAGCCUAUUGCGUGUUGACCCAGGUCAAGAACCUGAAAAAUAUAUCCAUGCUGGGAAGCUGUUUGACGCAGAAUUCAAGAUGGCGGUAUUGCCUUUGCGAUUAUAUGUUGUUCAAAACGUUCUACGUCGAUGAAAGCGACAAAAUCUUAAUCAAUAUGAUCUCAUACCUCAAAAAAUAUCCGGAAACGUUAACCGAAGUUAUACAGGAUCUGUUGAGAGUUUGGAGCGAUAAAAGUGCACUAACGAGGACAUCCUUCGAACAACAUUUGUAUAUUUCGAAAGCUAUAGUCUUAGCUGCAAAAGCUCUAUCUGAAUUGCAAACUUUACCUACGGAUAUUGUGCAGAGAAAGCUGUUCGCAGGAAUACCUAAUCAUUUGGAAGCGUCCGACGAACGUAUGAGAGCCAUCGGCAUGAUCGUCGCUGAGGUGAUCAUCGGUCGAAUGAAUCUUCCUGGUGGUAAAAUCACCUUCGAGUACGAUGAUUUGAAAAAAGAAUCCGUUCGAGUAGUGGAUUCACUUAGGAUUUGCGACCAAGUUGAUCUAGAAGGGCCUAAGGAUACACAAGAAGACGAUUCGGAUCCUUUGGAGGAAUAUUUGGGGAAAACUUGCUUUACAAACCAGUCCAAGUAUUCGAAAACUGAGUCUGCAACUAUGAAAACGGUUUCAAUUCAAGAAACACCUAUUCCAAAGCUCGCCUCGAUUCGCAACGUGAAAGAUGGUGGAGGCGACGAAGACGAUGACGAAUCUUGGGACAGCGACGACGAACUAACCCCUUACGAUUUAUCCAACGACGUGAAAAUCUCCGAAAUGAAAAAACCUCGAUAUUUACGCGAUCUAAUCGAAGGACUGACGGAGCAAAAAGAUCCGGAUAUUUGGAUCGGUAGCGUCGAAUCGUGCGAAAGUCUCGUUAAACAACAAUUAGUUCAGGAUGAUCCUUGCAUAGGCGUGGAAAUUUUAUCCAUCUUGUUGACUCUAGAAAGACAGUUCUACAUGGAGAAUUUCGAACAAAUCAGAUACGAUGCUUGUGUCGCCAUCCUAAACGUGUAUCCCGAACAAGGAGCCAGUUACGUAUGCGAACAAUUCCAUCAGGCUGCCGGAAAAUACACGAUAUCUCAUAAAAUGCUCAUGCUAGACAUACUGGUGGGCUCGGCUCGAGAUUUAUCCACCCUUAAAACCACCACGCCUCAACUGCAGACCAAAAAGCAUUCUCAGACGAUCCAAUCCAAUCAACAAUGGAGAUCGUUGAUCGAAAAACGAAUCGAACAAAACACCAGGUACAUUACGAAUAGAAAAAAUCGAUCUCCGUUGACCACCAAAGCGAACGAUUUCAACUCUUGCGUCGGGUAUUUCUUCUACCCCCUGAUUCGAGGCAGUGCCAAACAAACCAACAUCAUGGUUCAUCUGGUUGGCGCCGAAUGUCAUCCUUUACUAGCUCAGUACAUCGAUGCAUUAGCUGUAAUAAUGUGUUCCGCGGUGAAUUGCACUAUGGCCGGAAAAAUGGGCCUAGAGAUGAUGGAGUUUAUCAAAUGUUUCGUCGGUCAUUCCGACUUCAAGGUUAGAUCCGCAGUGCUGAAAAGUGUAGCUGCAGUCAUCAUCAGUGUACCGAAAAGUGUCCUAAUGGAGGGUGAUUUGUUUGCCGAGAUUUUAAGAGCUCAUUCGUGGAUGGAGCAAAUGAUUAGCAAACAAGCUGAACCCAAUACCGAAUGCAGAAAAUUGAUGGAACAAGUGUUUGGAUUGAUGAAAACUAGUUUUAGUUUUAAUACAAACCUGUGAUAUGAUAUUGUACUAUGUAUUAUGUGUAAAAUUAUUUGUAAUUUUCUUGGCGUAAUUUUAUUCCUUAAUUAUAUACGAUUUUUGUACGAU